CCUGUCCAGAUGGAUUCUUUGGGCUUGACUGCCACCAGGUGUGCAAGUGCAAGAAUGCUGCCAGCUGCAACCACAUCCUGGGAACAUGCCGCUGCCUCCCUGGCUGGCUGGGAGAGACCUGCGAACAGCCCUGCCAGGGGGACAGCUAUGGGCCAGGCUGCAGCCGCACAUGUCAGUGUCGCAACGGAGCAUUCUGUCAUCAUGUAACUGGGACAUGCCUUUGUAGCCCAGGGUGGAAAGGAGCCACCUGCCAAGAAGCCUGUCCCACUGGAUGGUAUGGUGCAAACUGUCUCCAGCGCUGCAUCUGCCAUGGCCAGGCGACAUGUGACCAUGUAACGGGCGAGUGCCAGUGUCCCCAGGGUUGGACAGGGAUAGCUUGUGAGCUGGAGUGUGGGGACAGGAGAUGUGGAGAGGGCUGCGAGCAGAACUGUAGCUGCCACCAUGGGGUUUGUGACCAGCACUCGGGAAAAUGCAUCUGCCAUGCUGGCUGGACUGGGGACUGCUGUGAUGUUGUCUGCCCUGUAGGAUUUUUUGGCAAACGGUGUGAGGAGCAAUGUGACUGCAUACACGGCUUGUCCUGCCACCAUCAAACUGGAGCAUGUCACUGUGAAAAGGGAUGGAGAGGGAGACACUGUGACAAACCUUGCUUACCUGGCCGCUAUGGUGUGGGCUGUGCCCAGCGGUGCCGGUGUCCCAUGGGUACCCCCUGCCAUCACCUGACAGGCGAGUGUGGAUGUCCUCCAGGAUUCACUGGCUACAGCUGUGAGAAAACUUGUCCACCAGGCACAUAUGGCAAGAACUGUAACCAAGUAUGUCAGUGCUCUGCUGAGAAUGAGGAAUGUCACCCAGUGACUGGCAACUGCAUGUGCCGCCCAGGGUACUACGGGGCUCGCUGUGACCUCCGGUGUCCAAACGGUACUUACGGUUCAAACUGCCAAAACCUCUGUAAAUGUAUGAAUGGAGGCCACUGCGACCCCACGUCGGGAACCUGUGAUUGCACGCCUGGUUUUAUUGGAGCCGACUGUAGUAAAACUUGUCCUGAAAACCGAUAUGGGAAGGACUGCACCCUGUUCUGUGCAUGUGGUAAAGGUCAGUGUGACCCACAGACUGGCAAGUGUACCUGUCCUCCUGGCCAAAUGGGACCCAGCUGUCAGCAAGUGUGUCCCCAGGGACAAUAUGGCCCCAACUGUCUCCUGACAUGUACCUGUCAGAACGGUGGUAUCUGUGACCAUAUGGAUGGCAACUGCACUUGCGGGCUCGGCUGGACAGGAAGAUUGUGUGAGAAAGAAUGUCUCCCAGGGAAGUAUGGGUCUGGCUGUGUCUUGAACUGCUCGUGCCAGCACAAUGGCACCUGCGACAGGUUCACAGGCUGCUGCCGAUGUCCUGAGGGUUACUAUGGCCACUCCUGUGAGCACAGGUGCCCCCUUGGAUUUUACGGGCUAAGCUGUCUUCAUGCAUGUGCCUGUAAAAAUGGAGCAAGCUGUGAUGCAGUGACAGGACAAUGCAUUUGUCCUUUGGGUUAUCAAGGUGUCCACUGUGAAAAAGGCUGUGACAGGGGUUGGUUUGGAGAGAAGUGCCAGCGUCAGUGCAACUGCGGAGAUGCUCCUUGUGAUCCAGAGACUGGGAAGUGCCUUUGCCCACCUGGGAAGACUGGAGAAAAAUGUGACAUUGUAAUGAUUUCCAUUCUGGGAACUUCUUUAGGACAGCUGGGCUACAGUUUGGGCAGACGAAACUUGAAGAUUGCAAAGCUUUCCAAAAUGUCAUGGUUUAAUGUUAAGAUGUGUCUAAGUAGCUUCCUGAUCUCAGAGAACAGGGAGACUACUAGGGAAGUUCACCCUCUUCCAAACGUUUCUGUUCUUCCAGGAUGCAGGUCAGACCAGUACGGCCCUGACUGCUCCCUGCGAUGCCAGUGUGCCAACAAAUCUCAGUGCAAUCCAUACAAUGGGAACUGUGUAUGUCCAGCCACGUGGAUGGGGCCAACCUGCAAAGAAGGUGGCCUUCCAAAGCUUCCUUUUUAUGAAGAGCAAACUCAAGAAAGAGGGAAUAUUUUUCCAAGAGCUCUACAACAGUAA